GUACAUUCUGCGACAAGAAAUUUGCUGGAAAGGCCAACUUGGUCACACAUCUCCGGACCCACACAGGAGAGAAACCAUUCGAGUGUACAAUCUGCAACAAGAAAUUUGCCUUUUCUAGUGGUCUCCGCAAACACCUUCGAACCCACACAGGAGAGAAGCCCUUCGAGUGUACACUCUGCGACAAGAAAUUUACAGUGAUGGGUAGUCUCCACACACACCUCCGCACACACACAGGAGAGAAACCAUUCGAGUGUAUGAUCUGCAACAAGAAAUUUAGUGCUGCUGUGUAUCUGCGGUAUCACCUCAGGACCCACACAGGAGAGAAGCCUUUUGAGUGUACACUUUGUAACAAGAAAUUUGCACAUUCUAGUGGUCUCCGCGAACACCUCCGGACUCACACAGGAGAGAGGCCUUAUGAGUGCAGCGUCUGCAACAUGAAAUUUGCCUAUUUUAGUGGUCUCCGCGAACACCUCUGGACCCACACAGAAGAGAAGCCUUUUGAGUGUACACUCUGCAACAAGAAAUUUGCUGACAAGAACAACUUGGGCAAACAUCUCCGGGCCCACACAGGAGAGAGGCCUUUUGAGUGCAUCGUCUGCAACAUGAAAUUUGCAAAUUCGAAUGGUCUCCGCGCACACCACCGGACACACACAGGGGAGAGGCCUUUUAAGUGCACAAUCUGCAACAAGAAAUUUAACCGUGCUGACCAUCUCCGCCGACACCUCUCGACACACUCAGGCGAGAGCCUUUUGAGUGAAAUUAGCGCUAAAGAGCCUCUUGAACGCACAUCUCCGGACCCACACGUGUAAGCGUACA